AUGGAGAAGUUAGAAGAAGCCACAAGCCUAAAUGGUUCUAAAGGGGAAGAAAACAAUGGAAGCUUCAAGAAUGUUGAAGAAGCUGAGCUUUCUCCCAAACCCACCUGGAAAUGCUUUUCCUAUGAAGAAAUUUCUGAUGCCACCAAUGGUUUCAGCUCAGAAAAUUUGGUUGGAAAAGGAGGCUAUGCAGAGGUGUACAGAGGAAUUCUAAAAGAUGGUGAGGAAAUUGCAGUGAAGAGGCUCACAAAAGCUGUCACUGAUGAAAGGAAAGAGAAGGAGUUCUUGAAUGAGAUUGGGACCAUUGGCCAUGUGUGCCAUCCAAAUGUCUUGUCACUUGUGGGUUGUUGCAUUGACAAUGGGCUUUAUCUCAUCUUCCAUUUCUCCUCUAAAGGCUCUGUUGCUUCUCUUCUCCAUGAUGAGGAUUUACCACCCAUGGAUUGGAAAACAAGGUACUCAUUUAGAAUCAUGGUUUCUUUCUGGUGCCUUUUCUUGAUCAAGAACAAUGUUGAUGUGAAAUUUUGUGAAAUAUCUGAUUUUGGACUUGCAAAGUGGCUUCCAUCUCAAUGGACUCAUCAUUCAAUUGCUCCAAUUGAAGGGACAUUUGGGCACUUAGCACCUGAGUACUAUCUGCAUGGAAUUGUGGAUGAAAAAACAGAUGUGUUUGCUUUCGGGGUUAUUUUACUAGAGCUCAUUUCAGGCAGAAAACCAGUGGAUGGCUCUCACCAAAGCUUACAUAGCUGGGCAAAACCAAUAUUAAACCAAGGAGAAAUUGAAAAGCUAGUAGAUCCAAGGCUUAGAGGGGCCUAUGAUGUUACAGAGCUGAAAAGACUUGCCUUUGCAGGAUCUCUCUGCAUUAGAGCAUCUCCAACAUGGCGCCCUACCAUGACCGAGGUAUUGGAGGUCAUGGGCUCAGAAGGGGACAUAGAUAAAGAGAGAUGGAAGAUGCCAGAGGAGGAAGAAGAGCAAGAUGAGUUUUGGGGUUUUGAGGAUCUAGAAUAUGAAUGCAAUAACAGUUCCUUCUCAAUUUCUCCACAUGGUUCCAUUUCAACAGGAAGUUGUUGA